GGUGGUGGGGCUGACUGGGCGCCCUGACAGAGGCGGCGCCCUGGGCGCUGUAUUGUCCGGGCUCGGCCGUGGGGAGGCGGCUGUGGAGGGAAAGAGGAGCCCGCCAGAACCUGCUGCUCCUAUGGAGAGCCCGGGCCCCCCGUGAGGCGUCGCUCUCGGUCCCGUUCGGUCCCCGCAUGGCGGCGGCCAUGGCCCCAGCGCUCCCCGAGCCGCCCUCCGAGGUGCCCCCGGACAGGGAGGCAGCGGCGCGGGGCCGCCAGGCAGCGCUGUGGGGACGGGCGCGCAGCCUGUGCCGGAGGCUGCGGGCGCUGCAGGCUCAGCAGGUGGAGCGGCACGUUCGGCAGCAGCUGGCCGGGCUGGUGCGGUACAUGGGGCGGGCGGCUCCCGCCGGCCUCCCUCGCGUCCUGGGGCCUGACCUGCGGCAGCUGGCGGCCAGCACCACCGCCAGGCUCCAGGCCGCCCAGGGGGCUUGUGACUCGGACGCCACCGACAGUAGCAGCAGUGGCGGCUCUAGCUGCGGUUCCGGGGGGGAGACUGAUAGCGAAAGCCCGGAGGAGGAGCGACCCGUACCGGCCCCUGCAACGCAUCAUCACGCAGAGUGCCAAUGGGCAAUGGAGAGAGCAACCAUUAUCUGUCAGUGGACGUGGCUGCAGGCUCAGAUCUCUGACUUGGAGUAUCGCAUAAGGCAGCAGACAGAUCUCUACAAGCAACUACGUGCCAACAAGGGUCCAGUUGUCCUUGGUGGUGAUCAGAAGCCUGAAGAUUUGAUGAAACAGCAGGGCCGAUUAAGUUCCACAUCAGUGGUGAAUUCCAGAAGGAAUAAGGGACUACCACAUUCCUCCUCUUCCAUCCAGAAGGUCCCUUCUGGAGAGAGACCGUGUGAUUUGUCCUCCUGCACCCCUUCCUACUUCAUGAACAUUGUGGAGAAACAGAGUUCUCGUCUUACGCAGUCUUUAGGAAACCCUAUGUGUCAAAGUCCCUCCUGUACCCCCAUCAGUGGGUCUCCAGGACCCCCAAAAGCCUGCACGUCAUCCCGCCAAGUCAACGGAAAAAUUAACUGUUUGCACACAAGCCGCUCCAACAACAUCUCUCUGGCCAGUUUGGAAGCUGAAGAGAUUCUCAAAAAGAAACAACUGGAUAGCCUGGCUACUGUACCCUCCGUACCAGACAACAGCUGUGUUGCAGCUAGAAUCCGCCCCAUUUGCAGAUACAAGAAACGCAAGCUGGUCCGAGCUAACACUGUGUCUCUCCUUAGCAAGAAGCCGCAGAAACCUCUCACCAUGAAGUGUAGCUGUGAAUGGCCCAGCACUUGUAUCUUGUGUGGUUGUAAAACCUCUAUUCAGGCCAUAGACCCAGACACUAUGUCCUUAGAAGAGCGUAUAGCACUGCUGGAUUCUGGCUUCCAUCCCAUACUGUCAUUCUCUCAUGGCAAGCCUCUUCACUUGUACUUUGAAACCUUACUAAGAGAUGACAGGCAGCAUAGAUUGAGCCAUAAGCUCAAGGCUCUGAAGAUGUCCCAUUUUGGAAAGAAGCCACAAGAUCUAACCAACGUUUUCCCAAAGCUAGGCCUAUCACCUCUCUCUGCAUCCAGUUCAUUGUUUAAAGGGGAGAGGCAGCUUAAAGGAACAGACAAUCACAGCUUGCUUGUUUCUGGUUCUCAGACACAUAAACAUAGUCCUUUGAUGCACCACCUACCAUCUUUGUAUCUAGAAACUCCUCCAGCGCCAUCUUCCAGCCAGUUCCCUUCCGCUGGUAAUUCAACAAUGUUAUCCUCAAAGAAAAGAAAAGUGGAAUGUUCCUACGACAUCAAUAACAUUGUGAUCCCAAUGUCGAUGGCAGCAGCCACUCGAGUGGAGAAGCUGCAGUACAAAGAGAUUCUAACACCAAGCUGGAGAGUGGUAGAGCCCAAAGAUGUGGAGCCAUUGGAUCACAUGGACUCUGAGCUGGAAGACACUUCUGAUGAGACCUAUUUGAACCAUCACACCAAGUAUGAGGAGCUUGAACGAGCCCGAUGGGAUUCGUGGGCAGCAGCUGUUUCCCACAAGCGAGGAAACAGGAAAGAAGGAGAAUCAAGGGAACUACAGACCGAUCAGCCUCACCUCGGUCCCCGGAAAAAUCAUGGAGCAGGUCCUCAAGAAAUCUAUUUUGAAGAACUUGGAGGAGAGGAAGGUGAUCAGGAACAGUCAACGUGGAUUCAACAAGGGCAAGUCAUGCCAGACCAACAUGAUUGCCUCCUAUGGUCCUCCAACAAAACAGAUGGUCGAUGGACACCUCAGCCAGCAUCUCCAGAUCCUGGAUUUAAUUGCCUUAAUGACCUUCUCUAUAUGCACCCUUCUAUGGGAUCUCACAGCCCUGAGCCUUAUAAUAUUCUGCAACCCCUCUCUAUAAAGAACAGGACUAGAGUGCCGCUGUCCUGCACUGAGGACACCAGAUUCUCCCCAGAAAUAUUAAAUGCAGUAAUACAGAGUGUACAACCUUGGGAACCGCGUACAUUUCCCCUUUCAGACCCAGCAUACCAAGCUCUUCUGGAACAGCCAAGUGAAGAUGGAUGCAAGCAGUCAGGAGACUUUCAACAGUGGGACUCUAGCAACAAGCAGGGUAUCAGGACUAACAGUAUAGACUCUGGCAUAUCUAAUUCCAGGGAGCCACGUGUUUCAGAUAUGGACCUGCAAACAGAGGGCAACAGAAGCUUGGAGGUGUUCACAGACCAGCAAUGCUUCCCAGGAAGGCUGUUCAACAACAGAUGAACACCUGAUUUAUGUGAUGUGUUAUGUUCGGCACAUACUUUAUUUCAGAAUCAAAAGCUUGGCUGAUGAGCUGGUUCAGAGGAGCACUGGCAGUGAAUGGUGCUGCCAUGCAUGAGACCUAGGUUCAGCAGCAGAUUUUGGGCUCCCAUGUCCCCAGAUUGGGAAGGGUUGGGCACACUGCAGAAAUAAGGUGCUGGAUCUCUGAGAGGACCGUGCUGUCCAGAAAAAAAAACUUCUGGUUUACUCUGGAGAAAAGGGAUCAGUUGCCCUGCUGGCAAGAAGGUUAGGUGCUGCAACAGUUGCAGCAGCCCAGGAUAAUGCAGAGAGAGAUGGUGGGUUAAAAAAAAAAAAGAAAGAAAGAAAGAAAAUCAAACAGAGAGAGAGAGGAAACCAAAUUGGCUGUUCUAACUUUAAUUGUUUGAUAUUCAAACAUCUGUAUCUUGAAAGGGUGCCCCCUGGCUGCACAUCCAGUCUUCAGUCGCUUUUUGUCUAGUGUAUCAUGGUGGAGCAGGAAUAGGAACCGCUUUCCAAGAGAUCAACUGAUAAACAUCUGAAAAGGUAUGGGGAAGUCUAACAGUGCUGCAUGGCUUUUAUUUUUAAAUGCAGCUAUGAAAGCAAAUCCUUUCUUGAGAGUAUGUGAAAAGCAGGUUCCCUUGGCCUUGCACAAAUGACGUUUGUAUCAACUGCCUUCAAAUAAACUACAAAUCAUUUUCAUGCUGUGGAUGUUUUCAUUUAUUUAGUGUAUAUUCUCACUGUAAUGAAACUGACAGGAUGGAUGGAGAUCAAUCUCUAACUUGUUCAGAGCUUUUUCCCAAUUGUUCUCUAUCAUGGAUCUUAGCAGGCAAGCCCCUGUAAAGCAAAACUACUGGGGAAAGAAAAUACCAUAGAUUCACUGUACAAUGGGGGCACAGCUCCCAACUAUCAGAGGGUAGGAAGGGUGUUGAGCCAUUUUUGGGGAGCCCUUCUGGAAAAUGAUGGGUCAGAAAGCUGCCCUUCCAGAACAUGUACUUUUUAAUACCAACAUUUAGAAAGGGGGCUUGAAAAUGUGUUACGGUAACACUGUGGUAACAUGUUCAACUUUGUUUGACAUGCAUCUUACUUUUUACUUUCCCACUUCGAAUCUCUGCCCUUUGCAGAUGGUAUGUUUACAUCCCAGGACUAAUGGAACUAAACAUUUAGCCCACUUUUUUUAAUGAACCAGUUUGAUAAAUAGCUUACUCAUUGUGCUGCCAUUGUAAAUUGUCUAUAAGGAUAGUAUUUCUAAGUUAUUCCUGGAUAGCUGGACAUCAUUGCUCUUCUGAGUUUCCAGUGGUGUCCUUUCAGGUAUUCUCUCCUCUCCUGAGCUGGGACAUGCAGGAGGAAAUAGGAAUAUAGGAAAGCAAUGAUCAAAACAGGGAUUGUAUGUAUGUACAAUGGGACCCAAAUCCUGAUUAGGGCCUCUGAAUGGUUCUGUAAUAAAAGUAUUAAAUAAAAUAGCAGUCAAAUAGAAGGGCUACCAUACUGAAAUUUUGGAGGGUAAACUUGGAUGAGUAAACAGUAACCUGUUUAAAAGGCAGUGCUACCACUUAUCAGCUGCACCAAGCAUAACUGGCUUUGCAUUUAACAAUGCAGUUGUAUCCUAUCCCACAUCUAGUGUGCAGUUCAUUGAGAUCUGAUGGAGUCUCCAUAGCUGCUGUAAUGGGCUAUAAGUGGCAGUAACUCACUUUGUUCCAGAAAAGCAGCAGAGUGAAAUAUAAAGGCAAUGAGAAGAGGGAUGGCUAAGGAAGCCUCUGGGGAAACACUGUCACAUUUAAACCCAAUUCCCCUUUCACACGUUUUGUCCCCUUCUUUUGGGUAAUUUGAAAAUGAGAAAUGUGAAAUUCCAAGAAACCUACAAUCCAUCCUGUCCGAUUCAUAUAUUUUUCAUAAGUUGAUUAUAAGCAAUAAGCACAGAAACAUUUAAGAGUUCUCCCACAGACUGUCAUCUUUUGUGUAAUUGCUCUAUAUGUACUUUUCUCCCUGUCUCUGGCAUUUUUAUUUUUGUGUUAUUUUGAGUGGAUGGAUGUUCUGUGGAUGAAGAAACAUGUUAGCAAACUAACUCUGGGACCGUUUAAAGGGGCAAAAUCUGUUUGGAAAGAUGUUUCACAAUAAUGACUUCAAAGCACAUCUGACUAAAUGCUAUGGUUAUGAAAGCAAAAUAAAACUUGAGGUUUCUAGCAA